AUGCCUCCCAAACAAAGAACAUUACUUUCAGGAGAGGUCGAGUUGCUCUAUGUUAAGUCCAAGGUAUAUUUACACCCAAGUGCCUCUAAACGGGAUAAUGUUGUGGGCUUUUUAAGCAUUUCAAAAGGACCAAAUUCCACAAAUAGCGAUUUGCUCAUAUCUUUUACAGCAGAAUCACAAUUGAGCAAAGAAUCACUAAAACUAUACCAGGAAGCAGAUCUCGACGAACUAGAUGGUUCCAAAGAUCUCAAGGUUGUCAGCAAACCAGUGUCAUCGGUAUUGUCUGGUUACAGCUACAGUGUGCCUAUGUCAUACAUUUAUUCAAUCCAGCUCAGAAAGCCACUGCUGGGUAUGUGGUACGGGUCGGUGGUGAUCAAUACUUUAGACGGUGAAAAGCUUCCCAUCAUCUUCUUCCAUGACGAUGAGUCUCCAUCGACGAAACUCAGGCAAAAAAAACGGAACCAGAGUUUUGAAACGUUCAGUGAGUCUGGAGAAGUGAUCUGGGGAGGAACCGAAUUUUUGGCGGUGUUGCACAAUUACUGCCACUUGGUCAAAUCAACAGUUGAGCCUUCCGUUUACUUGGUCAAUCCUGCAAGUGACGACUUGCGGAACUUUGCUCCGUUCAAAGAAAAGCCUAAACCUGGUAAGGAUAGUAAGAAAAAGGAGUUCCAGAUUCCUGACUUCAACAAAGUUAUUGCCAACGCCAAGUGGAAAGUGUUGGAGACGGUAGCCACGUUCUCGGCCAAAACCAAGAACCAGGUGAUAGACAUAGUGGAUGAGCAUGCUCCGUUGCCUAUCAAGCAGCUCAUAAACAAACCUGAGGUUCAGAAGUUGGGAAAUGAGUUUGAAGGAGCUCGGGUUUAUUUGGCCAAAUGGGCUGCUCAGGUCAAGGAAGAGGCCGAAGAGAGUCAGAAGAAGUUCCACUUGAACGAAGAAAUGUAUACCAUAAUCAACAAGGAAUUGGGAAACGAGUUAUUGACUAACGAGGAAGUUAGCAAAGCCGGAAGAAGAGAAGCCAUCAGCAAGUCUGAGUGGGAUAAUUUUUUUGACUAUAGUGGCAGGUUAAGGGUUACUGUUAACGAGAUCAAGGACAGGAUCUUUCAUGGUGGAGUGAGUCCUUCUAUCAGAGGUAUGGUUUGGUUAUUUUUGUUGGAAGUUUAUCCUUGGGAUUCGUCUGCCGAAGACCGAACUGUUAUCCGAGCGAGCUUGGAAACCCAGUAUCACGAGUUGAAGGCCAAGUGGUCUACAGAUGAAGAUAAGAGAUCGACGGAGUUUUGGAAAGAUCAGAAAUUUCGUAUAGAGAAGGAUAUCAACAGAACUGAUAGACAUCUAGACCUUUUCAAAAACACCAAGAGAAAAAGAAUUUCUGUGUCGAGCUUGGCGUCCAAUGUUCCUCCUACCAUUAGGGAGAGUUCACCUGAAACUCCAGACGAAGAUGAUGAUGAUGAGUUUGAUGUUUCCAAUAUUCGUAACCCACAUCUCUUCAAAAUGAGAGAGAUUUUGCUCACCUAUAACGAAUAUAAUGAAAAUUUGGGAUACGUUCAAGGAAUGACCGACUUGUUGUCGCCAUUGUAUGUUAUUUUGCAGGAUGAAGUUUUUGUGUUCUGGAGUUUUACCAAGUUCAUGGACAGAAUGGAAAGAAACUUUGUGAGAGACCAGUCCGGAAUGAAAAAGCAAAUGUUGACUUUGAACCAAUUGGUGCAAUUCAUGUUGCCUGAUCUCUUCAAACACUUAGACAAGUGUGAGUCAACCGACUUGUUCUUCUUUUUCCGAAUGUUACUUGUAUGGUACAAACGUGAGUUUGAGUUUGACCAAGUGUUGAGACUCUGGGAGAUUCUCUUGACAGACUACUACUCAAGUCAGUAUCACCUUUUCUUUGCAGCCGGGGUCUUGAGUGACAACGAAAGAAUCAUCAUCCAGAACCUCCGUAGGUUUGAUGAGGUGUUGAAGUACAUGAAUGAUCUCUCAAAUCACAUGAAUUUAAACAACUUGCUUAUUCGGUCCGAAUUACUCUUCUUGAAGUUUAGAAGAAUGAUCGAUAUCAUCAACAGAGAGAAUCUCUACAAAUCCGAAAGGACCAUUGUUAGUCCCGACUUGUUACAACUUCUCUCAAGGGAUAUUGUCGUGGAAAAAGAGGGUCCCAGGCCUGUAGGUGCCGGUGGUGGUUAA